CCUCAGACCACCAACUGGGAACCACUAGUUUAGACUUUAAAGACUAGCAAAUGCAUGAUGGCGUGAAUGUGUACAUUAGGUUAACGAAAGGUAGGUAAACAGCAAUCCAGGCUAUGCAAUAGAACUUAAUCAGCUCCGUAAUUUAUUUGAUGCUCGGCAACGCCCCCCCUAAAGUCCUCCUCUUACUAUCUUCCAAGUUCCAGGCAUGCACACCAAGGUACUUACCAGCCUGCUGCUGACCACCUUCAUAGCCACAAGCCUCUUAAGAUCUGUGUCCACAUCUUAUCAGGGGGGUGGCAGGCUAACCAGGCAAGCCCAGGCUGGACCACAACAGGAGAGGAUGCAGAGGAGCAGCAGUGGCGGUCCCAUCCGCAGGGAGUGGCCAGGACAUCUGUCUGAGGACCAGAAGGAUUUGGUCGCCCAGUUCCUGCCUUACCUCCGUACAGAAUUUGCUGGCAGAGUGCAGGACCCAGAGGCUCAUUACCCCAGCUGGAUGGACUUUGGACGGCGAAGCUCCGAGGACUUGGAAGGAAAGGCCUAAGUGACCCGUCUCCCAGGCCAAUCCAGGCGGGGGAAGGAAGAGGCAGCGAUGCAGAUUCUAAAUAAGUUUUGAGCGUUUUG